AUGGCCACAGCAGUGAGCGGAGAGGGUCUCGUCAUCCCCCUCAUCGACUUCUCGGCCUUUCUCCAUGGCGACGCCGCCCAGCGUCAGGCCACGGCCCGCGAGAUCCUCCACGGCUUCCAGACGGCCGGCUUCAUCUACCUCAAGAACCACCCGAUCGACGAGGCGACGCUGGAGCGGGGCCUUUGCCGCCUCGGCCGCCUUCUUCGCGCAGUCCGACGAGGCCAAGCUCGCGCUCGGCUGGACGACGCCCGAGGCCAACAGGGGCUACUCGGCGCCGGGCCGCGAAAAGGUCAGCCAGCUCACCGACGUCAGCGCCGUGUCGGCCGUGCGGCAGGCGGCGCCGGACCUGAAGGAGUGCGCGCCGGCGAGCACAGCGACUACGGCUCCAUCACGCUGCUGUUCCAGGACGCGCGCGGCGGCCUGCAGGUGCGCGGGCCCGGCGGCCGCUUCGUCGACGCGACGCCCAUCCCCGGCACCGUCGUCGUCAACGCCGGCGACCUGCUGGCGCGCUGGAGCAACGACACCAUCCGCAGCACCGUCCACCGCGUCGUCGAGCCGCCCGGCGGCGGCGCCGACGGGGACGUGUACCCGCCGCGGUACAGCAUUGCGUACUUUUGCAACCCGAAUUACAAGGACUACAUCGAGGCGCUGCCGGGGACGUACGCGUCCGAGGCGGAGAAGAAGUAUGAGGGCAUCAACAGCGGGGAGUAUCUGGUGCAGAGGCUGACGGCUACGUAUUGA